CCGCGUUUCGGAGCGGAUGGUUUCGCCUAAGCUUUCCUUCCUGCGCGCUGGUUGGGCGGCGGCCGCUGCCGGUUUCUUGCUCUCCGGAAGCGCCGCGGUAGCUGCUGCCGCCUGUGCCUGCCCCGCGCUCCUACCGCGACUCUCUCCUGCGGCCGCCGGAAUCGACAGCCAUCAUGUCUAGCAAAAGGGCUAAGACGAAGACCACCAAGAAGCGCCCUCAGCGUGCCACUUCCAAUGUAUUUGCAAUGUUUGAUCAGUCGCAGAUUCAAGAAUUCAAAGAGGCUUUCAACAUGAUUGAUCAGAACAGGGACGGCUUCAUUGACAAAGAAGACUUGCACGAUAUGCUCGCCUCCCUUGGGAAGAAUCCAACGGAUGAAUACCUAGAUGCCAUGAUGAAUGAGGCUCCAGGCCCCAUAAACUUCACUAUGUUCCUCACAAUGUUUGGAGAGAAGUUAAAUGGCACAGACCCAGAAGAUGUAAUCAGAAAUGCUUUUGCUUGCUUUGAUGAAGAAGCAACAGGGUUUAUUCAAGAAGACUACCUGAGAGAGCUGCUGACAACUAUGGGAGACAGGUUUACAGAUGAAGAGGUAGAUGAGCUCUACAGAGAGGCGCCCAUUGACAAAAAGGGGAAUUUCAACUACAUUGAAUUCACACGCAUCCUUAAACAUGGAGCAAAAGACAAGGAUGACUGAGCAAAACUCCUGAUAUCUGCAGAUAUCUCUGCUUUUCACUUAUGUUUAUUUCUGAGGGUUUUUUCCUGGUAGAACUUGUUGCAUGCAUUUAGCUUUACAGCUUUUGCCUUUCUCAGUGUAUUUAUCUAUUCCAGGCCAUCUAGGCACAUUUGCACCUGUGUAAUCAGACUGGAAAUGGGGAAAAUAUUGUGAGGAAAAGGAUAUGGGGACAAAGAUCUGAACGUGAAAGCCCAGGAAAAUAAUCUCAAUGUUUCUGGUUUAGCUGGAUUUUUACAUUUUUGUAAUGAAUGCCACUUUGAAAUAAAGAUUGCUAUAUAGAUAAAAUACCUCAAAA